GUAGCGUCCAAAGAAAAAAAAUUGUUUGGUUGUCGCUAAGUCUAACUAAGAUUCUCGAAAUAAACAAAAAUAGAAUGAGUUGAUAUGGAGCAGUAUGAGAAAAUUAAAGUAGUCGGAAGAGGGGCAUUUGGCACCGUAUACCUUUGUCGCCGACUGCAUGACAAGAAGUUGAUCAUCAUCAAACAAAUUCCAGUAGAGCAGAUGACCAAAGAUGAAAGACAGGCAGCUCUGAAUGAAGUGAAAGUAUUGUCCAUGCUGGAUCACCCAAACAUUAUUGAGUACUAUGAAAACUUCUUGGAGGACAAAGCCCUCAUGAUUGUGAUGGAGUAUGCUGAAGGUGGCACUGUCUUUGAAUAUUUACAACAAAGAGGAAAUGCUCUUAUUGAAGAGGAUGAGGUAUUACGUCUGAUGGCACAGAUAUUGCUGUCCAUGAAGCAUGUCCACUCCAAACAGAUACUCCAUAGAGAUCUCAAGACGCAGAAUAUCCUUCUCAAUCGAGAUCAUGACGUCAUCAAGAUCGGAGACUUUGGGAUCUCUAAGAUUCUCAGCAGCAAGAGCAAAGCUUUCACUGUGGUGGGGACACCCUCGUACAUCUCUCCGGAACUCUGUGAGGGAAAACCGUACAAUCAAAAGAGCGAUAUGUGGGCAGUUGGCUGUGUACUUUAUGAGCUACUUACACUCAAGAGGGCAUUUGAAGCAAAUAAUCUACCGGCGUUGGUGAUGAAGAUCAUGAGGGGUUCUGUGGCCCCUAUAUCAGACCGAUACAGUGACCAGCUCAAGCGUCUCCUCCUUCGCAUGCUGCAUCUUGAUCCUGAUAAACGACCUACAAUCGACCAGGUCAUGGCAGAACCUAUCAUCUUCAAGGCUGUCGUUGAGGUCUGCAUGACGAUGGGUGCUGUUAAGGUACACCCUAAGGCCCAUCCGAUGCUUGCCUCAAGACCACCCACAGGAUCCCAGCGUAGAUCAGUCUCCAGAGUGAGCAGUGCUAGGUCUUCCUCACAUAGAUCUAACAUCAUACUAGAGAGCAGUGGCAGUGGAGGGCUUCCUAAGCCCCGCCCACAUUCCUUGAUCUACUGCUGGGGGAAUGGUAUCCCAUCACCCCUCAGGCUGCCUCUGCCCCAUGCGGACACAAAAGUACUACAGGUCUCUAUCGGAAGAUCGCAGAAGACUGGUGUGACCCACAAUGGCAGGCUCAUCAUCUGGGAGUCACCAUCCAUUGGUACAGACUCUGGAUUACCCGGUGCAGUUGACCAAAUGGUACCGAUGUAUGUACCAAGGUACCUUGAGGGCCAGUCUGCUGUCUCUAUUCAGAGGGUUUCAUGUGGUGACCUGUUUGUUGCUUGCCUUACAGACAGGGGAAUUUUGAUGACGUUCGGAAGUGGCGCCCAUGGCUGCCUGGGUCAUGGUAACUACCAGGAUCUCUCCCAGGCCAAGAUCGUCGAGGCACUGCUGGGAUACGAGGUGGCGCUGGUCUCCUGUGGAGCGUCACAUGUCAUGGCAGUGACCAAUGAGCAUGAAGUAUUCUCAUGGGGGCGGGGAGAUAAUGGCCGUCUUGGACUUGAUAGUCAGGAAUCAGUGUCAUCUCCUCAGGCGGUGUUACUACCCCCUCAACAUCAGGCUAAGUCCGUCUGCUGUGGGGUUGACUGCUCUAUGAUAAUCACAAGUGAAGGCGCAGUCAUCGCUUGCGGCAGCAAUAGGUCAAACAAGUUAGGCUUGGAUCAGGGCGAUCAGCAGAUUGAGGAGGUGUUUUCACUCACUGCUGUUACUACCCAACCUCUUCCACAACUCAACAUUGCAUCAGCCGCCAUCGGUACAUCUCAUUCUGCUUUCAUCACUUAUGAAGGUGACUGUUAUACCUUGGGUUCUAAUCAAUUCGGACAGCUUGGCUGCAGGACAGACCACACAACUCCCAGAAUCCUAUGCAAACCAAGCUUUCCUGAUGGUGUCAUUCUCAGCCAGGUCGACUGUGGAGACAUGUUCACAGUUGCCAUAGCAACUGAUGACAAAGUCUAUUCAUGGGGUAAAGGAGCCAGAGGACGAAUAGGGCGCCCCCUCCAGGAUACAAGUGUACCACAAGAAGUCCAUUUAGACGACGAUGAUAUCAAUGUCUUAUCUGUAUCCUGCAGUCAUAGCAACACCAUUGUUGCAUCAAAAUACAAGGAGAGUGAUGUGUGAGACUCAAGCCAGCAAGUGUUCCAGCUUUGGUAUUCCUCUGAAAUGACGACUCUGCGACAGCUUCUUGUUAAUUUUCUGAAGUAUCCACCUUGAAGUUUAUCCCCAUUUUGUUUCAGACUUUUUUGAAACGUUGGUAUUGUUUAACGAUUUAUUUUUGGCUUCUAUUGUUUAUUUGAAUCAAGCAAUAAAGACAGAUGAUGUGAUGCUUUGCAAUUUGCAUUGAUCAGAAGAUGACAGCACUUUGUAAAACAUUAAACAUGUAUUGAUGAUUAUAAUCAUGAAUAAAAAAAAUAAAUCAUAGGGGCAUAAUUGAAACAAAGGGCUGUAUCUGAAUUAUCCAGUUAUCUAUUUAUGUUUCUGAAGUGCUGUUUCAGUCUUUUAUUAUCAAGCAUCUCUUAUUCAUCUAUAGAUGUGAAAUACAUGAAUUUGAUGCAAGACAAUUCCAGUACUACAUUUUUAUUUUAUUUUAUUACAUCGAUGUGUUAAGUGCGGAUUUGAGGGGGCUGCCUUUAAUGCCCGUUGUAUAUCAGACAUACAUGUACUUCACUACAUUUAAUACAACUUUUCACAAGAACAAGAAAAUUAUAACCAAUCUUUUCAGAUUGAAAUUUGCCAAAAUAUUAAAUAUUAUUCACUUUUUGUAGGUGUUCCUGGGUUAUAUCAUAAAUGUUUCUGGAUAAAUCAUUAGUCUUGGGAAUAUUUUCUUCUUUUCCUUGUGACUUCAUUGUUUGAUUGUUGUUUUGGGCAUAAAGGAAACCUAAAUGCGACAUUUUUCCUUUCUCUAAAUAAAGAAGUUCAUUUCAGAUUUGAUGUGUUCAAAUAUUAUACUUGUUCUUGGUUUAAAAAAAAAACUAUGCAUAAAGUACUAUGGGAAUGCACCCUCAAUCAUUUGGUCGCCAUAAUUAAAAUCAUGAGCAUGCUCCUUAAUACUGUCAGUAAAGCUACCUAAAGGAUUCUUACUUCAUGCAGGAUUGGAAAAAAAUUGAUAUUUUGCAGCUGAUAAUGUAAUCAUUUCAAACCCUUAGGUCAGACAGGAAUCCCCUGAGAUUUUGGAGCUAAUUGGUCACUUAAUUACUGUGAUAAUGAUGACUUCAAUCAUAAGCAUUUAUAUUAAUGCUAAAGUUGACACUGUAAUCCAAGAAGGGAAAUUAUUUUUAUUAUUUUAUAGUGAAGCAUGUACAUGUUAUGAUGCUUAUGAAAUAUAGUUUUCAGGGUUUCCUCUUGAAAUAUUAUUGUAUGCACUUACAGCAUUUAAGGCCCUAUGGUUCAGAUUUCUUAGAUCCUCCACAAAGUUACUCAAUCCCUAAGUUUCAAAACAAUGACUAUUUUCCAUCCAGUGAACAAUUAAACGAAUCGAGGAUCAUUUGCUACCAGCUUGGCCAAUUCAUGCAGAUUUCUUUACCAGUGGCCAAAACGAUGUAAUAAACCGUCAGUGUACCUGAGUAUUUAUUGAAACACCUUGAUAUAUGUUUAUAUGCAUUGUACAACUUUGUCUUGCUCUCAAGCAGUGAUUAUGCUUGAAACUUACGAUGCUGUACACUGUAGCUUGUGUAUUGUUCCCAUUAGUCAAUUUCAUUUUGGGGCUCCUGUCUCGGUCUUUUAUGAAUGAAACCUUUUA